CCAAAAUGUGUGUGUAAACUGGAGAGACGAUGAGAUUUGAUCGUUAAAAAUUAGGGUUUACAUUGAAACCGAAGCUCAUGGAAGCUCAAUCCGUUCAUGAUUCGAAGUUUAAUUUCUUCACUGAAGAUGAGCCCAAAGUAGUAGAAAAGACAAAGGGUAAAUCGAAAGUUCGAGGAAGGAGAACCCUUGCUGACAUCAGCAACAUACCACAAGGAUUUACAGGUUUAAAAGGUCACAAGUCAGGGCCAAGUUCAGAUGCUUUAAGUUUCAGAAAGCAUAUUGAUCAGCUUCAAAAGGAAAACGCAGAACUUAUGAAGCGCUUAGCAGAGAAAAAUAAAGUUAUUGAACUAAGUGGAACCGAGAUGCAAAAACUGAGGGUCACUUUGGAGAAGGUGAAGGAGCAGAAUUUGCAGCUUGCUCAGUCAAACAACCAAAUGCUAGAAGAAGUACGUUCGCACAAGGAAAGGCAAAAAGCUCUGAAUCAUGAGCUUGGAUGCAAAAAUGGUUUGAUUGUUGCAAAAAACUUGGAGUUGGAGGGAAAAGACAUAGCCAGAAUGUGCCAAGCAGAUGAUAUCGGUCACAAUAAGGUGACCGAGCCAGAGGAGACAGAAGUUUGUACGGUAGCAGAAGGCGAUGCUGACAAACGUUCUACUAACGGCAGAAGACAAAUAUCCAAAAGUUUAGUCCAUUCUAAUAAAACAAUUCAAGAUAAUGACAAGGGUAAAACCAAAAGGCGUCAAAGAAGGCAAUCUGCAAAGUUUAAGCUUGAUGAGCCCAAACCUACUCUAGACUCACUCAAGAUAAACAUUACUGAUGCUGCUGCUGCUGCUGCUGCUGCUGAUGAUGAUGAUGAUGAUGAUGAGUUUAAGGUUGAUGAGCCCAAAUCUACUCAAGACUCACUUAAGAUAAACAAUAUCGAUGCUGCUGCUGCUGAUGAUGAUGAUGAUGGUAAAUUGAAAGUGGAUGAUUCUAGUGCAGGGACUUCAUCAUCAUCAUCGGAAAUGAAAGAUAAAGAAGGUGAUUCUUUUCAAGAUAACAACAAACCUUGUGAACAUAGAAAAACAUCCCUUUCGAGGCCGGUACGCGAAGCAGCCAAGAAAGUUCAGUCUUACAAAGAAAUCAAUCUUGUUGUGAAGAUGAGAAGAGAGUGAGUGUUUUUCAAACUUUUUGCUAUGUAAAAAGUCUUCGUACAUUCUUAUGACUUUCACCUCAACAGUUUAGAACCCAUUUAUAUCUUAAAGCUGGGUGUAAUAAAGGAAUACUAUUAGCUGAA